UUCAUUCUUCCCUAUGUAUAUAUAAGCCUAACUCUCUCAGACAACAUGUCUUGGUCUUGGACAAUGCAUAUCGCUUCAAGACAAAUCUAAACAGAAAUCUACCAAAAAAUAUGGCGAAGCGUUUCAAGCUUAAGAUAUCCCGCGUCUUCCCUUCAUUCCAAUCUUGCCGUUCAAAAGACCCUUCUGAUCUCCCAUCAAAUCCUGUCCCUUCAGUGUUCAGAGUUUCUUCAGGCAAUCCCAACCAUGUCACCCUCCAUUUACCCCCAUCCUCACAACCAACCUUAAAGCUGCCUCAUUAUUCCUCCCUCAAACGCCACGUUUCUUCAGCGUUCUCGUCAAUCGGCUGUGGCCUCGGAUCAAGAUCAUCCGCACAGUACUACUCUGAAACUGACUGUAGUGAAUCGCCACCGCCACCAACACCGGAGUUUCACUGGGAAAAAGAAGACAGAUGGCACGUUAUCGCCAAAGUUUACGACGAUGACGAGACCCCUCGUCGCAAAAUCUACAAUACCUCCGAAAAUGACGACGACUUGUUUCCUCCUCCACCGCCUCCCAACACGGAGAAGAAAAAACGACGAUACAAGAAGAAGAGAACUACGCAAAAAAUCCGUAUAAGCACCUCAUCAGCCGACAGCGGAUUGUUUAGCAGCGAAAGUUUUGACGACGAUGACAUUAACGACGAAGAAACAGAGACCCUAGUCUCGUCGUCUAGGAGCUUAUCCGCGGAUUCCUCUUCAGAGUUCAAAGCAAACUCAGAAACCAAACUCGAAACGAUGCCUACGAGGCAUAAAAAGAAUAAGAAAAAAAAGAAAGUUAAGAAGGCAAAAAGGUACGCUGUGAAAGAGAGGAAUGUGAUGGUGAGAUUAUCGUCGUCAGAGAGCGAAUCACCGGCAAGGUUGUCGAGUUUUUUGCAACGGAUGAUACCGUGCACGGUGGAUGGGAAAGUAAGGGAGAGUUUUGCUGUGGUGAAGAAAUCGGAGGACCCAUACGAGGAUUUUAAGAAGUCGAUGAUGGAGAUGAUAUUGCAGAAGCAAAUGUUUGAAGACAAAGACUUGGAACAGCUCUUGCAUUGUUUCUUGUCUUUGAAUUCAAGGCAUCAUCAUGGGAUUAUAGUCCAGGCUUUUGUUGAGAUUUGGGAGGCUUUGUUUUCUCGUAGAUCGACCAGUUUUCGACUUUCAUAUCCAUUUGACCUUCAAUCAAGCGCAAAGGCAGUUUCUCGGUCCUUAUAUCAUGCAAUCAACCACAAAAUUUACAUGUAUGAAUUUCAAGUUGGCUGCCAAAUCUGCCUUCAAUGCUUCCUUCCAUUUGCACCUUCUAACUUGCAGGCUUUAGAGGAUUCGAUCAAUUUCCGGACGGUGAAAAAAAAAAGGGAAAAAAUGAAAAGGUGCUCCGCAGCUAGUAAACAAUGCAUAUCAAUGUCUAUUGAUGAUCAAUCACCGCUUAUUAUCUCUGUUGAGAUAGGGAGUGAAGAAUUAGAAUUACAUGGAGAUCUGUUUUGGUUAUUACGGUUAAAUUUUGAGUAA